GUUUUAAUUAUACAAAAUUAUUGUUGGGUUUAACUUCAAAUAUCUCGCGAUUGGUGGAGUGAAAUUAGAUGAAUAAAGACUCAUUUUGAAGAUUGAAAAAAUAUCUUGAAAAUGAGAGGGAACGAGAAAUGGAUAAAAAAGAGGAAAAUAUCAAUCUUCGAAGUCAACAAUGAACCUGAGCCAUCAGAAAGCAGAUCGAUCUUCCCUGAAUCUCCUCAAAAAAGACGAAAACAGGAGAAGAUCGAGAAAUUCAUUCCAGAAAUUCCUCAACAAUCAGCUCCUGCUUCCAUCAAUGACCUCAACGACGACUGUCUUGAACGGAUCUUCAAGUGCCUUCCCUUGACAUCUCGCCUAACAGUGAGAAUAGUCUCCAAACGUUGGGAGAAAGCGUCUAAAUUAGCCUGGAGCAACGUGAGAGCCCUGAAUUUCUCGAAAUCCCCACUGUGGAAUGAUUUGGAUGAAUUGCCCCCUGCCUUCAGGUCAAACACCCACAUCGGGGCCAUCCUGAAGCGUUGUGGGGGGUAUCUCAGGGAAUUAAAAAUAGGGGAUCCUUGCACUUACAAAAUCCUGGGCCUCGUUGGAGAAUAUUGCGUCAAUUUGUCUAGACUCGAAGUCUCGUUUGACAGGUAUGGACAGAGGUUCACGACUUUAUUCUCGAAAAUGAAUAAAUUGGAGUAUUUCGGGAUGAAGAAUCUCGGAAAGGAUGUUUUUCAAGACUUCUGGGGGCAUUCGAUCAACAAUUUGAGGGAAAUUCAUCUCUGCUCACAGCAUUGCGAAGAGAAUGGAACUGUGAGGCCUAGGAUUUAUUCCUCUGGGCUGAAACAAUUCACGAACCUCACAGCGAUGACUUUGGAGGGAUUCACCCUGGAGCCAGGGGUGAUCAGGCUGAUCAGUGCUAAUCCUGACCUCACCUGCCUCUCCCUCGCGAACAGUCGUGCCAAGAAUUUUUCUCCUCUCACUAAACUAUUCAGUCUAGAGCACCUGAACCUCAGUAAAAUCAUCAACAUCGGCGAUGACUUCAUCACUGCGCUGACGAACAACUCCAGAAACCUGAGGUAUUUGAACCUCAAUCGGUGCCCGGGGAUCACCACUGGAGGACUGAGUAAUCUGGGGAAUUUGCCACAUCUCGAAGAGCUUUUUCUCAAUUCCUGCAGAAUCACAGACGAUGUUUUCAAGAGGCUACGGAGUCUCAAGAAGUUGGAGUGCGAAGAUUGCUGGAGUGUCGAUGAUCCUGGGAUCACCACACUCGUGAAUAAUUCCCCAAACCUGAGGUAUUUGAACUUGGCUGGUACCAACGUCACUGAGAAGGUCCUCAAAACAGCAUCUAGCGUCACCGGGAGGAGAAACAAUUUCUGUCUCUGGGUAAUUGUUGACAAAAUUGUGAAGACAAAGUGGGAGAGGAGCGAAGAUCAUGGCAAAUGCCAUCUUUUAAUCGUCGAUGAAGCCAACAAAAUAGAUAAUUUUGAUAAUGACGAUCGAUCACUGAUGGAGAUAUACGAAGAGAGUCGUUUAAUUACUAAUCCCGAGUUGGAGAGACUCAACCAAUUGCGUUAUAAUUAUUAAGAAGAGAAAAAUAACCGCAAUAAACUUAUUUUUUCUUAUCUAAUUGCGUUGAUUAACUAGAAACAAAUUGGAAUAAAUUUAGUUGUUUCAAAGAAUACUUCAUGUAAACAAAUGUUUGAAAAGUUGAAUUAUUCAAUUCAAUUAUUUAAUUAGUUAAUAUUUAUACAAUUGUUUUGCAAAAGUGAAGACAAGGUGAGAGAAGAAGGAAGACUAUGUUAAAUGUCAUCUUUUAAUCGUCAAUGAAGCCAACGAAAUAAAUGAUUUCAAUGAUGAUCAUCAAUAAAUGAUAGCGAUAUACGAAGAGAGACGUUUAAUUACUAAUCCGGAGUUGGACGGACUCAAUCAAUUGCGGCAUAAUUAUUAACAAGAGAAAAAUAAUCCCAAUAAACUUAUUUUUUUAAUCUAA